AUGGCUCAAACGAAAUCACAUUCUCGGUCCUCUCUUGAUAUGUUCUCUCCAGUUAACCUGAAGCCUGUACAAGACGAUGCUUGGUCAAACAUAUUCAAACCACCUCCCAACGAGUCCGUCGAGGAGAGACGAGACCGCAUUGCCCGCCAGCAAGAGGCUCAGCGAGUUUCUCGGGAAAUAGAUGAAAGUAUUCUGGAGUCCAAGAAGUUGUUCGACAAGAAGAAGAAGGCUAUCAAGGUCCUACUAUUAGGACAGGCCGAGUCCGGGAAAUCAACAAUGUUACGAAAUUUCCAGCUCGCAUUUUGUCCGACCUACUUCCAUGGCGAAGCACUCAUAUGGAAGACCAUCAUACAACUUAAUCUCAUUGGUUCCGUGAAAAAACUUCUCUCAAUUGUCGAGGAUGAACUAGAAAUGUCAGGCCCCCGUUCUCGGUCCCCUACCGGAUCUACAUCAUCAUCACUUUCAGAUCACCACCGACGUACACGAAUGCGACUUCUUCCCCUGUUGUCAAUGGAGACAAAUCUCACGCGACAACUGCUCCCUGAACACUACGACCCCUCAAGAACGCCCGAGAUCUGCGUGCGGGCUGGUAGCGGAUGGAAGACCGUCUUGGAGAGAGUCACAUUGGAACGACGGGUCCCUCCCACCGGUCAGCGUCGACCAAUGACGAAUGAUGGGCGAAGCAAGGAUGAUCCGACUUUGGUACUUGCUGCGUCCAAGAAUGAUAUCAUUUCAUUGUGGGAGGACGAGAGCGUUCGGGAAGUACUCAAGCGACGUGGAGUUCGACUAGAAGACUCUCCUGGUUUUUUUCUGACUGACACGGCAAGAAUCGCAACGGUGGACUAUGAGCCUACGGAAGAGGAUAUCGUCCGUGCUAGAUUACGAACAUUUGGUGUAGAGGAACAUCGCUUCCUUCAAGAUAAUGGUUCAGAGUGGUAUAUUUACGAUGUUGGUGGCAGUAGAUGUAUGCGACCCCAGUGGGUGCCCUACUUUGAUGACGUUCAAGCUAUUAUUUUCCUUGCACCCCUGUCAUUCAACCAAGUUCUCGAAGAAGACCGACAGGUUAACCGACUUGAAGACUCAAUAUACCUCUGGAAAGAAGUUUGCUCGAAUCCCCUCCUCGCGCGUGCGAACAUCAUCCUAUUCCUCAACAAAAUGGACAUUCUACAAAAAACUCUCGCAGCGGGGAUCAAAGUAGCAACAUACGUGCCGAGCUAUGGAAGCACGCCUAACGACGUGGAAAACGUGACGAAAUACUUUAAGGAGAAGUUCCGAGCUUAUCACAAACGAUUGUCCCCGAGACCUCGGACGUUCUUUUGUCAUGAGACCUCUGCCAUUGAUACGAAAGCAACGCAGGCUGUAUUGGCUGGAGUCCGUGAUGGCAUUUUGCGCCAUCAUCUUGAGGAACUCAAUGUCAUCUGA